ACCAUCACCCAUCAGCAUCAUCAGCAAUCAUUGAAGCCAUCAAAAGGCGAAUAGUUCUAACGUUCGACGACGACAUUGACCUCGAGUACGCAGACGGCGGCGGCGGUGGCAGCGGCAGCGGCGACGGCAACGGCAACGAAGAUAACCCCACAAUCGUGGCAGAGGUCGAUGGUGGUGCUGGUGGCAGUACGCUAAGCGAUACCGCGAAGGAAAAACUUGCGAUAACGUUUUCCACCGCCGCCGUCUCCUCGGGAAGUAGGGUGGGGAAAGUAGUGGAGCGCACAGCCUCGCGACACGGCGGUGCCCCGGUGGGCGAGCAACUGGUCGAUGAAAACGCCGGUGACUCGCGCACAUUGAGCGAGCGCAAGAGCGAAACGGCCAGUUUCACAACGCAUCCGGUCACCGCUAUCGAGCCGGACCAUCCUGGUUCGGCACUCGGCUCCGCCCUGAAGAGCCAAACAGCAGACAACGGCGACGGUGAGACCGUUCCGGGUGCUGCUACGAGCGGUGAACGGGGUGGUGGCAGCUGCGGCGAAACUACUUGUACAACCGAGAAGGCGCCAGAGAGGCGCGACGAAGCUGAAGCAGCCGAAGAAGCCGUCUCCUGUUCCACGGCGGAAUCCACUGACGGUUCCGACGCCGGCCCCCCGGAAACUAGCACCGACGAACUAACUAUGCCCGUUCGCGUCGACAUUGUUCCGCCUCCACCCAACAACUCCAAGCAGCUGGGUGUCACAAAAUCGCUGCUGUACAAUGGCUCCAAAUUUCGCGGAUAUCAAAAGUCCAAAGGCAACGCAUACGAGGUGGAGGUGGUGCUUCAGCACGUCGACGAAGCCAACUCGUACCUCUGCGGGUACCUUAAGAUUACUGGCCUAACGUUCGAGUUCCCCACCCUGACUACGUUUUUCGACGGGGAAAUCAUCUCAAAGAAAUAUCCCUUCCUCACACGCAAAUGGGAUGCCGACGAGGACGUAGAUAGGAAGCAUUUUGGUAAAUUUGCCGCCUUCAGCGAUUAUCAAAAGACGUUCAACUCGGACGACUUUGACUACGAUGCGCUGGAGAAGAGUGACUUUGUUUUCAUGCGUUGGAAGGAACAUUUUUUGGUACCUGAUCACAAGAUAAAAGACAUCAACGGAGCAUCGUUUGCCGGGUUUUAUUAUAUUUGCUUCCAAAAGUCGCGCGCUGUUAUGGAGGGCUAUUAUUACCAUCGAUCGUCGGAAUGGUAUCAGUCUCUCACCCUUCAGCAUGUGGCCGAGUCUUGCAUUCAGAUCUAUGAAUUCCGAUAAGUUUCCAACGACUGCGCGUAUGCAUAGAUGGCGUUUAAGUUCGAGAAAAGAAAACUAUCAUACAUCUCCAGCCAUUUUUCCACCCUAGAACUGUCAUUGCCAUGGUCCACGUUCUGCAGUAUCAAAAGGUGGCAUGACACAAACACAUUUACACAAAACAAAAUGUGUAACUUACAUGCAUCCCUUCUGUUACUGCAAUACACUUCAAACUGAUUUCUCGUAUGUGGUAUGAAAACGUCCCAUCAAUGCAGCAACCCCGACCAUCUCUAAUCGUCACAGCUCGCUCGAUACGAUCAAACGUACAAUACUCAAAAUGCAAUUGAUAUAGCGGUGGUGAUGCAAUAUUCUUAAGGUAAUCUGACGAUGGUUAACAUUAUUCUAACAAGAUGCAAGCGAUACGAUUGAGUAACCAGGAAACCAUGGCAACCACCAGGCACACAAGUUUCGUAUAAUUUCUAGGUAUCGAUCUUUUUGUCAAAAAUUUCCGUUUCGUCGCCGCUGUUUUCUGAAUGAGAAGAUUACAACAAAAACUUUUUAGUUAAUUGACAACACAAGGAAUAAUACAAAUCUAUAAAAUAGGACGGUUGAAUAGAAACAGUUGGGCGUUGGAAAAUAAAACGUUGCCCUGAACAUCAACUUUCCCUGGUAGACACGUUCUAAUACCUAUCGCAGUAGAUUUCAGUUCAUAACCAUGUAGUUCAACUAUUGUGAAAAAUAUACAUAAAAAAUAGCUAUUUGAGUAACUUUUGAUGUUCGCACUCGUUUAUUUCGCUAUAACGGAGAAGAAAUGUUUAUUUUGAAUGGGCAAAUAGCGAUACACAUACUGUCGUACCGCAUAUACGUUUCGCUAAGCUCUAGUGGGCCGCUCAUACCAUGACAAUGGUGGACGUUGAACCAGUUCGUGAAGUGUUCUUGGGCCGUCCUGAGAAGGACUGAGGGGACGUUGUAGGCUCCGCUUGAGAAGGUGCGAUGGUAUCGUUAGCGGUACAAGAGUAGUUUGUUUAACGAUUUGGCGGACGGAAACGCUCGAUCACGGGAGUAUCUGUUUGAGACCAGCAUCCGUCGGCGGUUGUAGCUCUCGGUUGAAGAUGAUACACAUUGAUAUUCAUUAACUUUUUGUUUGCAACUACAUUCUAACAGUUUUUCGUACCCCUUUUUUUAUUUUUCUAUAAUGAGUCUUAAAUUUUUAAAUGAUUGUUUCCAGGCCUGCCGGUAACAAUUUCCUUUGAAUUCGGAAAUACGCCUUAAUUGCCACCACAGGCAAGCAGAUUUCAAAAAUGGCAUCAUCAUUUCCACUAUCACUUGCAAUGUGUGGUAUGAAUGUAGGGUCGGGUCAUGUUGAAUAUUUGAUGAUGUAUGCUCUGAUAAGCGUAGCGAUAGCUAGGUGUCGUUCUGCUGGCUUAACCGUUUCUACGAAAACAAUCUUCUAGGUGCGUUUUUUAAUUAUGUACUUUACGAUGGUGAUGUAUGCUAAUCUAUAUGAUAUACACAAUUGUGGAACCCACCAGUAAACAUCGAUUUUGUUCUAUUUGUUACUGUGCACCACCAAUGCCGUUAUCAAAAUCAACAGCUCACCUUAGAACAAUCAUCCAUUGUCUUAUUUGUUGCAAUUAAAAUAGCUUAUGAGUAUUUGUUUGUAAAACCAACAGACAACGAACUGGAUCGCGGUGAAUGGUGCAGUAACUACUGGCAAUAACUGCUGGCUACUCAAGCGAUAACAAUCGAGAGAAAGAAGAAAACUGAAAGACCUACGAAAUACCGAUGUGUAGAAUGGCUAUUGAAAAGCAAGUGAAUAUUAAAAGAGACGGCCUUGGCGGUUUAAUAAUAGGCGAGAAUAAAAUAAAUGAUGAAGGAAUUCAAAAGAGAGCAGUUUUAGCCAGACUGGGCCGUGAUACAAACGGACGCAGUGGACAAGUCUAUUUUUGUGGCCAGUUCUAUUAGACCGUUGCUAUUGAACCGUUUUAAUACAAGCGUUCCGUGGACUUAGACAGUAAGUUAAUAGGUAAUUAUUCAAUAUACGACUCACAAACAGAUGAUAACUAUUCCAUACUUUUCCACGAGGAAACUGUUUGGAAUGAGUUCCCUUACAUCGCACACACGCGCGCAACGUUACCGUUUUAUUGUUCCGUUCAACUCGGGCUCAACUAUAGCUCAACUCAAUUCGAUUAAAAGAUUAGAAACUCCACUCUGGAUCGCACGGUUUGAACGGCAAUUUACC